CGGGCGGGCGGAGGCCCAGGCGGGCGGGCGGGCGGGGGCGGGGCGGGGCGGCGCGCCGGGAGCCAGGAGCCCGGCCCUGCGCUCGGCUCGGCUCGCCUCACGGCGGGCGCCCUCGUCGCCAGCGGCGCACCAUGGACGGGCUGCCCGGUCCGGCGCUGGGGGCCGCCUGCCUCUUGAUGUUGGCGGCCGGCUGGCUGGGGCCGGAGGCCUGGGGGUCGCCCACGCCCCCCCUGUCGCCCGCCGUGCCGCCCCCGCCCCCGCCACCCGGAGGCCUCGGCGGCUUGCAGGACACCUGCACGUCGUGCGGCGGUUUCCGGCGGCCGGAGUUGCUGGGCCGGGUGGACGGCGACUUCCUGGAGGCGGUAAAGCGGCACAUCUUGAGCCGCCUGCAGAUGCGGGGCCGGCCCAACAUCACGCACGCCGUACCCAAGGCCGCCAUGGUCACGGCCCUGCGCAAGCUGCAUGCAGGCAAGGUGCGGGAGGACGGCCGCCUGGAGAUUCCUCACCUCGACGGCCAUGCUAGUCCGGGCGCCGACGGCCAGGAGCGCGUAUCCGAGAUCAUCAGCUUCGCCGAGACAGAUGGCCUCGCCUCCUCCCGGGUCCGCCUGUACUUUUUCAUCUCCAAUGAAGGCAACCAGAACCUGUUUGUGGUACAGGCCAGUCUGUGGCUCUAUCUGAAGCUGCUGCCCUAUGUUCUGGAGAAGGGCAGUCGUCGGAAGGUGCGGGUCAAAGUGUACUUUCAGGAGCAGGGCCAUGGUGACCGGUGGAAUGUGGUAGAGAAGAAGGUGGACCUCAAGCGCAGUGGCUGGCACACCUUCCCACUCACUGAGGCCAUCCAGGCCUUAUUUGAGCGUGGAGAGCGGCGACUCAACCUGGAUGUGCAGUGUGACAGCUGCCAGGAGCUGGCCGUGGUGCCCGUGUUUGUAGACCCCAGUGAGGAAUCACACCGGCCCUUUGUAGUUGUACAGGCGAGGCUGGGGGACAGCAGGCACCGCAUUCGUAAACGAGGUCUGGAGUGCGAUGGCCGGACCAACCUCUGUUGCAGGCAACAGUUCUUCAUCGACUUCCGCCUCAUUGGCUGGAACGACUGGAUCAUCGCACCCAUCGGCUACUAUGGGAACUACUGCGAGGGCAGCUGCCCAGCCUACCUGGCAGGGGUCCCUGGCUCCGCUUCCUCUUUUCACACCGCUGUGGUGAACCAGUACCGCAUGCGGGGCCUGAACCCUGGCACAGUGAACUCCUGCUGCAUCCCCACCAAAUUGAGCACCAUGUCCAUGCUCUACUUUGAUGACGAGUACAACAUUGUCAAGCGGGAUGUACCCAACAUGAUUGUGGAGGAGUGUGGCUGCGCCUGACAGCAGCAAGGCUGUGGUGGUGGGGUGCGAGGUCAGUCCCUGGAGGGCUUCUUCCAGCCCCUGCGAGAAUGGAAUAUGAGGCUGGCUGGGUGCAGUCCUUCCAUUGGGCUGCCCAGAAGGUGCCAGGGGGCAGCCUGAAAUAUUUUCCUGCUACUUCAUGGAGCAAUUAGUCAAAGCAAGAGUGAGAACCCUCACCUGACAUGAAAUACUUUGACACACACAUGCAGACAUGCACAGCGAGACGCAUCCUGCCACCCACACAGCAGCCUCCAGGAUACCAGCAAAUGGAUGCAGUGACAAAUGGCAGCUUAGCUCCAAAUCCCUGUCAGUUGGAGAGAAUGGGUUGAGCAGCCACCAUUCCCACCAGCUGGCCCGGCCACUCUGCAUCGCGCCUUCCGAGAACACAUAAAAGCACAAAGACACAGACACGCACGCACGCGCGCGUGCGCGCACGCACGCACACACACACACACACACACACACACUGCGCACAAGAGACUGAGGACCGCACUUAGGAGCCACGGAGAGGAAAAGCAGAUGCAGGGGUGGGGAGCAUGCAGGCAGGCAGGAGGUCUAGGAGUCCCGCCUUGCUGUGUCUCAGCAUCUCCUGGCUCAGACGUGCUGGCUUCCUCCCCUGCCUGGGAUCCUGCAUGCUGCAGGACCAGGGGAACCUGGCUCUUCCCACACUUGUAGAUGGAAAGAGGCCCAGAAAGGACACAACCUGCUAAGACUGUGGAGCAGUGGCAAUGCCCCUUUGACUGUUGCUUGGGUCCCUGGUGGGACUUCUGUGUUUGUUUUUGGGGUGGGGAGGGAGGGAGAGAAGAAGGGUCCUAAUUUGAUGCUUUAACUGAUUAUUUAGCAUUUGACAGGUCAUUCCAGUUGUAGAAUUGAAAAAGGACUUUUCCACCAGGUAUGACCUUUCAGGUUAAAAUCUGAAUUGUUCUAAAUGGGAAAUAGAAAGGUUGCAAUCUGUGCCCUUCACUGUGGAUAUUCUUCUGGGACUGGUUGGGGAGGGAUGGAAAUGACGCCUAGGCAUGGGGAUGAGCCCAGAGGAGGAAAUAGUCAGAUGGAGGCAUUCUAGAAAUGCUGGGUGGGGAGUGUCCCCUCAGCAGGGGUGACAGAGGGGAGCAAUUUAGCUGGGCUUAGAGAGAUGGGGAAGGCUCUCAGCUGCUUUGCAUAAAUUGCCCGCGUGUGCCCCUGCCACUAGGGCCAGCCAAGGCCAUUGCCCCGCCUGCCCUCCCACACACCUGCCCCUCCUACCUGCCCCUCCUAGCACCUGCCAACCUGCCUGAAUGCACAUGAUAGAGCACUUGCCCAUCUGUGUGUGUCCAGAAGGGGCCCUUGGCAGAGCACUGAACUUGCUCACCCCUAGAUGUCCAAGUGCCACAUGAACUAUGCAAUUUAAAGGGUUGACCCACACUAGAUGAAACUGGACUCGUACGACUCUUUUUAUAUUUUUUAUACUUGAAAUGAAAUCCUUUGCUUCUUUUUUAAGCGAAUGAUUGCUUUUAAUGUUUGCACUGAUUUAGUUGCAUGAUUAGUCAGAAACUGCCAUUUGAAAAAAGAAGUUAUUUUUAUAGCAGCAAAAAAAACCACAGUUAAAUGUAUUAUACAUAAUUUUGGAACCAAAGAGGCCAACAGAUCAGUUUUAAUUUUUAUUAGAUGAUGAGGCCAUCUUAUAUGAGGUAGACAUUCUGAACAAUCCCUUGAGUGGCCUGCCAAUGUUUCAGGGUACAAAUGGAUUUUGUUUAAUCAGUUUGAUGUGUCUUUUCUAUCCUUAUACACCCAGAAGGUAGAGUAAAAAUGAUUAUGGUAGAUGCAGGUGUGUAUCCUUAAAUCCCCAUCUUUACGUUUAUUUAAUAAAGCUCCCCUUAGGUUCUGUUUCAUAAUAAUUUAAAACCAAACAAUUUUCCCAUAGACUUGCUGUUAAAGUAUUUUACAUUUGUGUACAGUUUAAGAAAAUAAAAGAUUGAGUGCCA